AUGGGAAAUAAAGUGGCAACGUUUACUGAAGAACAACUCGAAGAUUAUCAAGAUUGUACCUUUUUCACGCGCAAAGAAAUCUUAAGAAUAUUUAAGAGAUUUCGAGAAAUAGGAGAUCCUGGAAUGAUACCGCGUAUCAUGACACCGCAAGAGGCAUCGUCUCUUCGUUUGCCCCUGUCGUAUUUGGCUCGUAUACCCGAACUGAAGGAAAAUCCGUUUAGAGAACGGAUCUCGGAAGUUUUUACGCAACGCCAGGAUUCAGGACAAUCUACAUCCGAAGGAAUCUGUUUCGAGGAAUUUCUCGAGAUGCUGUCUGUGUUCUCUGAACAAGCACCGCGGGAUUUGAAAGUCUUUUACGCCUUCAAAAUUUACGAUUUCGACGAGGACGGGGUGUUGGGUCUGGACGAUUUGGAACGCACCUGUCGGCAACUUACUCGAGAUGGGCUAAGUGCCGAAGAGGUGACUACCGUGUGUCGAAAAAUUCUGGAGGAGAGCGACAUAGACGGCGACGGGGCUCUGUCUUAUCUCGAAUUCGAGCACGUUGUAACCAGAUCCUCCGAUUUCAUGGCGACUUUCCAUAUAAGAAUAUGAA